UCACCCGGACGAUUUAUGGAACGCAGCAGUUUCCGGUGUGAAGUAAACAGAAGUUUGACAUUGGCUGCGUUUAAUAGCGUCUAUUAUGGCUUCGAUGACUUUAAAUUCGUUGAAACAGAUAAUGAGAGCAAUGGUGGAUAAUCCAGGCUUCGACAGAGUGCUGAGCAAGGUGGACAUUUUGUCUGCCAGCCCAGGUAAAAUGGUGUGUGAGAUGCGGGUAGAGGAGGAGCACACCAACCGGGGAGGAACGCUGCACGGCGGGCUGACAGCCACCCUGGUCGAUGUCAUCUCCACCAUGGCCAUCAUGAACAGUGAGAGGGGAGCACCGGGGGUCAGCGUGGACAUGAACAUAACAUAUAUGAAUGCUGCCAAGAUGGGAGAGGAUGUACUCAUCACUGCCCAGGUUCUGAAGCAAGGACGGACGCUGGCGUUUGCCACGGUAGAUCUCACUAACAAGGCCACAGGGAAGCUCAUUGCACAAGGAAGACACACUAAACACUUGGGCAGCAGCUAAACUGUCUCCAAUAUGUGCCUGUUUGUUAAUCACAAAAUCAUACACUUGUACUGUCAAAACAAAAGACUCUGAGUGAAGAACUAAGCUAUCCCCCUCCUGUAAAUAGUUUGCAAAACUCACUGAUUGUGUAAAAAACUUGUGGUGGGUGCCACAACUCCAUAAUACUCCUCAUAAUCCUGCUGGUUAUUCAGUGACCUGUGUUGUUGGGACUGUUGCAUAUUUGUCGUCAACAGUUACAGAGAAACUUCUUAUAGUUGUACAGUCAGAAUCAAUCCUGACCUAACUUAUGUAUCACUGAUUCAUGCACAUGCAAUAAAACAAAUGGACAAAGA